ACUAGAAAAUUUGUUUUCAAGCAAUACUGAAUCUACGUUUAUCAUGACGUUUGUCAAAUAUACAUAACAUUAACAAUAAAUUAACGUACCUAACCUAAUUUUUAGAAACAAAUCGCGAAUAACUUAGAAAUAUGAACACAAUAGUGAAAGGAAUAUGCAGUACACCGCAAAUAAUUAUAAGUCGUUCAUUGAGUUGUUCAUCAGCAUUGUAUCUCAAACAGUGGCGAAUUGAACAGGGUUUAUCAGCCAAUCGUACUGCAGAAGGUAUACUCACUGAUGGGCCAGAUUACACCUUUUUAGAUGGAAGACCGACACCGUUAUUGCAAAAACAGAAAAAACGCAUGUUGAAGCAUCAAGAAUACGCAAGCAAAAUUGUUACAUUAUGCUCCGAACUAGAUUUUGCUAAACAAAGACACCAAAAUAUGUUAAAAGCAAAGGAAGAUGAGAGGAAGGCAAUCAUAAGUAAUAGGCUUAAGCCGAAAGGAAAAGCUCUGUUGAAAAAAUAACUUAUAAUUUUAAAUUAACUGUGUAGUUCUUCUCAUGUUGUUUAGUAAUAAAGUACUAUAGUUGA